AUGAUGCUCUACGUUAUUACAAUAUGUUUAAUAGUAACCAAUUAUUGGACAGUUACUUCAUCGAGUACAGUGAGUGGUAAUUAUGAGUUAAAAUUUAGUUUAAUUAAAACCAAUGAAACAGUGGAAUCACCUAUAUUGACUGUUCAGAAAACAAUAGCAGCAGCAUGUGGUCUAGACUGUAAAAAUAAAACUUGGUGCGUUUCGUUUACAUUCAACAUCAAUAGAAACGAGUGUCGUCUUUAUGAUCUGAAUAUAAAUGAAACUGAAAACUGGACCGUUGACGUAGGUGUUAGGAGUUUUACUCUUAAACCAGACGGAAUAAACCUGGCCUAUCAGAAACCGACAUUCACAAGUUCUGUUGUUACUGGUCGUUCCAGUGAUCAAUCAGUAGACGGAGAUAUCACACCACAAGAUUUUGGUUCAAGCAAUAUCUGUUACCAAACGAAAGAUGAUGAUUUUAACCCAUGGUUUAUUAUAGAUCUAGAAGAUGUUUAUAUCAUCCGAGUAAUUGUGGUUUAUAAUGCUGACGAUUAUCCUGAAAGACUCCAUGAUGUCAACUAUGAGGUAUUUUCAACUAACCCAAACAACGACCCCUCAGCAGUUCCUAAUUGUUGCGCUUCGGUUGCAAAAUUCAACAAAGGAAAAAACAUUAUCAGAUGCAAUCGAGGGGUGUCUGGAAGAUUCCUGAAAAUUUCUAUCCAAAAAUCCCGAUUUCUAACUCUUUGUGAAGUGGAGGUGUUUGGAAAAGCUUUGAAUGCCAUAAACCCGUAUGAUUGUGUGGAUCACCGAAGUUAUUCUUGUAGACAAUUACCAGGUGGACCAAAUAUUGCGUAUGGAAAACUAACAUCUGAAAGUUCAUCACACUCGGGCCACUAUUCUUACCGUGCAACAGACGGAUUGAAACCAGUCAAGUACAAUACGUGUACUCAUUCAGCGGACGGAGACUUAAAUCCCUGGUGGCAGGUGGAUCUUUCGACCAUCUAUAAUAUAACCAGUCUAACUAUAGCUAACAGAGUUGAUGGUAAACAGUAUGUGGGCAGUCGUCUAUCAAACAUCAGUAUUCUGGUUUAUCAAUCCUUGCCAUCCGCAUCAACUCCAUCCACACUGUGUAAAUUUAUACCAGGAGAAUUCGGAUGUAUUAUUAGAACCGUAGAAUGUGACGAGGUGACUAUUGGACGAUGGGUUAGAAUUACCAAACCUACAGAAAUAUUAACACUGUGUGAAGUAGAAAUAACAGGUAAUAUUGAAUAGACAUCAGAAAGUGAGACGAACAUUUGAUAUAAAAAGUGAGAGAAGCAUUUUUAAACACCCACUUUGAUACAGUUUGAUGUUAAUUAUUGCACUAACAUUUCUUAUUAAUUAAGAUAUUAAUUUACGUAUGCUCAGUGUUUGGUGUUUCUUAUUAAUUAAUUUUUAUAAUCACAAUUAUACACGUUAUUUAUAUAAAAUCUGACUAAUUGUUAAACAGCGUAUCAUGGUUUCGUUAAAUGGCUUCCGUAAGCUAAUUGUUACUCGUUUGUAUCUAGCACUCUAUAACAUGUUUGCUUGUAUCAUUUGAUUCAUGACUGU